GUGGUGCGCCGUACCGUAACCUAACCUAACCUAACUUACCUUUCUCUCUCUCUCUCUCUCUCCCCUUUCCCGUCUCCCCACUGCGGCGAUGCGAUAUCGCGGCGAGCCGAAGCGAUGCACCACGGCGGCCGAUGACGGAUUACGGAUCGCGUUGAGAUAGUAAACAAGUCGCACAACAGCUGUGGCUUUAUCUGGUCGCGAGCGAGAUAAAUGGGGAACGGCGCGCGGGCGGCGAGUCGCUGGGACCGAUAUCGCUCGCCGUGGUGUUAACCUCCGCCCGAGGGGGAGCUCGAGGCCAGCGGGCGCGGAUCAUGCCUCGGGAAUCCACCCCCGUGACAGUCCGACGGGGGCAGCGGACCGCUUAGGUUAUGUCGUACCGUCAAGGCGUUCGUAUCUCAGCGAGGGACACGUCGGCGUAGAGAGCCAAGGACUACAAUGGGCGACCACAUCGGCGAUAACAUACUAAUCCCGCAAGUCGACAAUGUCGUGCUGGUCGACAAGAGCGACGGCGGUAACAAGAGCAUGGACGGGACGCUGUGCAUCAGCGGCCACCACCUCAUCCUGUCCUCCAGGCAGGACGACGGCCAGGAGUUUUGGCUGAUGAACAGGAACAUCGACGUCGUCGAGAAGAAACUGAACGCCCAGAGUCCAGGCGGUAGCAUAAUAUUGAAGUGCAAGGACUUCCAGAUCCUUCAGCUAGAUAUCGGCUCCACUAACGAUUUAAUCAACGCCACGCUGUCCAUAGAGAAGCUAAUAUCGCUAGACCAAACUCUACAAUACCCGUUCUUCUAUCGGCCGCAGACGAGCAACAACAUUAUGGUGCGGGUAGAGGACGGCUGGACGGCGUUCGCGCCCGUCUCCGAGUGGUCCAGAUUGUUGGCGGCUCACGGGGACGAGUGGCGUAUCAGUUACCUCAACAGAGACUACAAAGUCUGCAAUUCGUAUCCGUCGGCGGUCAUAGUGCCGCGUCAAGUGGACGACAAAGUUGUAAUAGCCUCGGCUGGCUUUAGGGACGGCGGAAGGUUCCCCGUGUUAUGUUACCGACACGAGGGAGGAAGUAUACUAUUGAGAAGCAGUCAGCCGUUGUGCGGUGCUACCGGCAAGAGGUGCAAGGAAGAUGAAAAACUGCUGAACGCAGUUCUGGGCCCUGGGAGGCGUGGUUACAUAGUGGACACAAGAUCGGUUAAUCAGGCGCAGAGUGCCAGAGCCAGAGGCGGCGGCACGGAGAUGGACACGGCUUAUCCGCAAUGGCGUAAAGUACACAAAGCGGUUCCUCGGCCGCACGAUCUGGCCGAUAGUUUCUACAGAUUGAUAGAGGCUUGCAACGACGUGAACAGCUCCACUUCGCAGUGGCUGUCGAAACUGGACAGCAGCGGGUGGCUAACUGCUGUACAGAGCGCUUUAAAUGCCGCUUGCGUCACCGCGCAAUGCCUGCAUCAAGAGGCUGCGGCCGUACUAGUGCACGGCAGCACAGGUAGGGACUCCACGUUGGUCGUGACCAGUUUGGCCCAGGCAAUACUGAAUCCCGAUUGCCGGACGGUACGAGGACUCCAGGCGCUCAUAGAGCGCGAGUGGUUGCAGGCCGGCCAUCAAUUUUUCAGCCGGACCCGUUGCGGAGCGUAUCAAUCCGUGAGCUCGCAAAAUCCCACGCACGCGCCGACCUUUCUGCUUUUCCUCGACUGCCUGUACCAGCUGCACCACCAAUUCCAAUUCAGCUUCGAGUACACCGCGGAUUUGCUCAUCAAAUUGUACAAGCACGCCUACUCCUCCAACUACGGUACAUUUUUAGGUGACUCGGAGGCGGAGAGGAUAAAAUUACGGCUGUCCGAGCGAACCUACAGCUUAUGGUCGUACAUGAAUCAGCCGGACGUUUUGGAGCAGUGGAUCAAUCCGUUGUACGAGCCGAAUCCGGGAGUGAUUUGGCCCAGCGUUGCACCCAUCAGUAUUCAGCUGUGGAAAGAACUGUACCUCGCGCAUACAAGCGCAGCCCUCUGGGACGGUAUGCUCUCCUACGCGAAGCAGAUCAAGCAGAAUCACACGGCGGUGCGCAAGGUGGCCGGACAGCUGCAGGCGCAGAUCAAGCAGGCGUUGGAGGAGAUCCGUUCGGAUCCGGACAUGUCGCGGGGAGACGCGGACAAUCAGGAGGACCAUCCCCGUAUAGCGCAAUUGAGCCUGGAGUCUCAGAGUACUUGAUACAGAUCGUAGAGGCCGAAGGAACACCGAGGAGAUCUGCGCCGGCAGAUUCAACGAUCUUGUCAAUAUGCCUUUAAUUAUACAAUACUACGUUGGCCCGCACGGAUCAACGGUCUUCACCUGCCACGAAUGCUUGAAGCCUUCGUAACGAAAAAGAAAAGAAAAAAAAUUCUCAACGCAAUUCCUUCGACCUCUCGCCGAGAUGAAGAAGGGGACGUCUAUUAGUUUAAGAAUAGGUCUGCGCCCCAUCGGGCGUGUUAUCGUUGUCAAUAUAGAUUUGAAUAUUGCGUAUUUCAUGUAUUUCUCUCACGUCACGUUAGUCGACGUUAUAUAAGUCAUCACGCGAUUUUGCCCUACGUAGUGAAACUCGCAUCACCGUAAGGAUAUCAAGUUCUAUUUAAAUGAGACGAGAUAAAUUGUGAUAUUUUUUAUUUCACGACAAAUGUAUGGCGUCACAU